CCCCUUCCCAUCCCUCCACACAUGCACUCGUCCGCUCUUCGACCGCCGCGGCUUGUUCGCUUGCUACCGCGAGCACCGAGGCGACCUCCGCACGUCAGGAGCGUGUGCGCGACUCCAAUUCCUCAACGCCAGGUGCCGCUCCCGUCGAGGCUCGUCGCGAGUCGGUCCGUCGACCGCCGCCCUCUCCCCGAGCAGAGAUGCCUCCUCCGGCGGGGGGCCCCGCAGGAUACGCCCCUCCCGAGGGGGGCUGGGGCUGGGCCGUGGUGGCGGGCGCCUUCAUCUCCAUCGGCUUCUCCUACGCCUUCCCCAAAUCCAUCACCGUCUUCUUCAAAGACAUCGAGGUGAUCUUCGACGCCACGCCCAGCCAAGUGUCCUGGAUCUCCUCCAUCAUGCUGGCCGUCAUGUACGCCGGAGGUCCCAUCAGCAGCAUUCUGGUGAACAGGUUCGGCAGCCGACCGAUCAUCUUGCUGGGCGGCUGCUUGGCGGGCUCGGGGCUGGUCGCCGCCUCCUUCUGCGACACGGUGUCGCAGCUCUACUUCUUCAUCGGCGUGGUGGGAGGACUGGGCCUGGCGUUUAACCUGAACCCGGCGCUCACCAUGAUCGGCAAGUACUUCUACAAGCGUCGCCCCAUCGCCAACGGCAUCGCCAUGGCGGGCAGCCCCGUCUUCCUGUCCACGCUGGCGCCGCUCAACUCGUGGCUGUACGACCGCUUCGGCUGGAGGGGCAGCUUCCUCAUCCUGGGGGGUCUUCUGCUCAACUGCUGCGUGGCCGGCUCGCUCAUGCGCCCCAUCGGGCCCCGGCCCUCGCCGGCCGUCGCCCGGGACGACGGCGAGGGCGAGGGCGAGGCGCGGCCCAAGAAGACGGCGCUGCAGACGGUCAACUCCUUCAUCGACCUGACGCUGUUCCGGCACCGCGGCUUCCUGCUCUACCUGCUGGGCAACGUCAUCAUGUUCUUCGGCCUGUUUGCGCCGCUCGUCUUCCUGUCCAAUUUCGCCAAGAGCAAAGACGUCAGCAAGGAGAAGGCGGCCUUGCUCCUGUCCAUCCUGGCCUUCGUGGACAUGUUUGCCCGGCCCUCCAUGGGCCUGCUGGCCAACACCAAGUGGGUGCGUCCGCGGGUGCAGUACUUCUUCGCCGGCGCCGUGCUCUACAACGGCGCGUGCCACGUCUUGGCGCCGCUCUGCAGCGACUACACGGGCUUCGUGGUCUACGCCGUCUUUUUCGGCUUCGCCUUCGGCUGGCUCAGCUCGGUGCUCUUCGAGACGCUGAUGGAUCUGGUGGGGGCGCAGAGGUUCUCGUCCGCCGUGGGCCUGGUCACCAUCGUGGAGUGCGCCCCCGUGCUGCUGGGCCCCCCGCUGACAGGAAGCUUCUACAACUACUACCAGCACUACGACUACACGUACAUCUCGUCCGGCGUCAUCCUGAUGGUGGCCAGCCUCUUCCUCUUCGCGGGGAUGGGCAUCAACUACAAACUGUUGGCGCGAGAGGAGAAGGACAAGGAGAAAGGAGAGCCCAAGGAGGAGCGCGCCGCCAUGCUGGCCCCCGCCUCGCCCCCCGAGGCCCAGGCAGACCCGGAGGCCGCCGGCAAGCUGGAGGAGGAUUCCAAGGUGGACGAGAACACGGUGUAGGAGCGCCCGCCGCAGACUCGGCGAGACCGACGCUCACGGC